UGACUCAGUGGCUUGCAUCUACUCCUCAUCCUCCUCCUCUCUCUCUCUCUCUCUCUCUCUCUCCGAUCAGGUUCCAGAGCUUCUCAUGUUAGCUAAUUUAGCUCUUGAUUUCACUUUGUUCUUUUUAGAAACUCAACACGGAAGAAGAAGAUUAGGAGAUCUAAUUGAGUAGAGGAGAGAGAAUGUGUAGGCAUAAUUGUUGCGCGAAAUCGUCACAAGAGGAGGAGGUGAUUUCACCACCUGAUGAGAAUCUCUUGAUCUACUGUAAACCUGUUCGUCUCUACAACAUUCUUCGCAUUCGCUCCCUUUUCAACCCAUCGUUUCUUCCUAGAUGCUUGAGUUACAAAAUUCGAGCAAAGGGCAAAAGAAAGUCCGGAUCUGCUGGGAUUGUAGUUUUUAAUUAUAAGGAUUGUAAUAACACAUUGCAGAAAACUGAAGUUACGGAGAAUUGUUCUUGUCCUUUUUGCUAUAUGACAUGUGGUAGCUUCAAGGGGCUGCAACUUCAUUUGAAUUCGUUUCAUGACUUGUUUGAAUUUGAGUUCAUGCUUUCAGAAGAUGAUUACCAGACAGUUAAUGUCUCUGUAAGACUUGAUGCAUUCGAAUCAGAGGAAGAAGUCAACCAUCAAGAGAAAUAUGAGCUUAUCUCUUUUUGCUCGAAACCUCGUAAGCGUAGACAAAGAGGUGGUAGAAAUAACGCCAGGCGACUAAACGUAACCUUUUUACCCAUGGAUUCACCUAGUUUAGCCAAUGGCACAGAUAAUGGAACCUCCCUACUGAGUAAUGGAAACCAUGGUUUAGGAUAUCCCGUGGCAACACAAUUUGGGAUGAACAAUUCUUCACCAGCCAUAGCUCAAUGUUCGCUAGACUCGAAUGCCAAAGCUGUGUUAGCAAGCGAAGCUGUGGUCUCGGCUGCUAAGUCAAGAAAGUUAUCUGCUGAGCGAUCAGAGGCUAGAAGCAACCUACUUCUUCAGAAACGCCAGUUCUAUCAUUCUCACAGAGUUCAGCCAAUGUCACUUGAGCAAGUAAUGUCUGAUCGAGAUAGCGAAGAUGAAGUGGAUGAUGACGUUGCAGAUCUGGAAGAUCGCCAGCUGCAGAUGCUUGAUGAUUUCGUGGAUGUGAACAAGAACGAAAAAAGAUUCAUGCAUCUUUGGAACUCUUUUGUAAGAAAACAAAGGGUUGUGGCGGAUGGUCAUAUACCAUGGGCAUGUGAAGCAUUUUCCAAGUUUCACAAGGAAGAGUUGCUUCAUUCCUCACCACUCUUCUGGUGCUGGAGAUUAUUUAUGAUAAAACUAUGGAACAUUGGACUUGUAGACUCGGCCACCAUCAACAACUGCAAUAUCAUCCUCGAGAAUUGUGAUAGUAACUCAGACAACAAGAACAAGAACAAGAACAAGAGUGCGGACGUUGGCAUCGACAUUAACAGUAACGCCAUGGAUGUUGACGACGAUGUCAAUAACAGCAAAGCCAAGUGAUAGGAAGAUUUUCCUGACUUAAAGAACCCGGCUGCAACCUUCAUCUGUUUUAUUAGUCUGCAAACCGAUUUCAUUUUCUUUUGUUAUCAACCGACUCCAAUCUAUUAAGUUUAAGUUUAGUAGGAAGAAUGAUAAUUCGGAUAGGUAAUUUUUUUGCCA